AGGUAUAACACUCAAACUAUUACACUAUGUAACAGUAACUUAUCUAUAUUAUAUACAGGUGUAGUCCUUUCUAGCCACCGAUUAUUCCUAUAUACCUACCUACAGGUUUAUUGCUAUAGACAAACCUUUUUCAAAUUGUGCAUUUUCAAAACGAUGGAUGGUCUAAAGCUACAUGAUGCAGCGGCUACAGGAGAUCGUGAUGCGAUGGAAGACCUUUUGAAAUCCGAGAAAAUUGACAUCAACCUAGCAGAUGAAGAAUACCACAACUAUACAGCUUUACACUGGGCGUGUUCUAAAGGAUAUUCCGAAUGUGUUCGUCUGUUAUUAGAGUUUGGUGCGAAAGGAACUAGUCGAUCAGAUCAAGGUUGGACACCAGCUCAUUGUGCAGCAGAAACAGGGCGAACCCCGGCAUUAAGAGCUUUAUAUUCCGCUGGUGUUUCUGUACACAAAAAGGAUAAAUAUGGUGAUACUCCCAGACGAAUAGCAACUAUAUAUGGACAUGCAGAUUGCGUUAAAUUUCUAAUCCAGGCUGGAGCCGAAAUGGCUGCCAAAAGACAGCAAGGAGAAAGUGAUUCAGACGAUAGCAGUGAUGACGAAACAAACGCGGAAAAAUCGGAACCAUGAUAGUUUAAUAACUUAAAACAUGUCAAAAAUAUCAUCAAUCUCGUUUAGUCGAAACCCAAGAGGCAUCGUUAUAUUCGAUUUGAAGUCGAAUGUAUCCCUAUUUUAACUUUAGGGAGUAAUUGCUUCCAGUUUUCCAAUGCCAAUGGCGAAAAUAUGUUGAUAAAAUUCAGUUUUCCGUCCUGAGUAAAACUUAUUGGUCGUCAUCACAUAUACAAUCCGACAUGGUUAAAAGUCUGUGAUUGUGCUUGAAUGUGUAUUAUUGAAUCACACAAACAAUUAGAGUGCUAUAGACGAAAAUGUGUUAUUAUUAUUUAACAAACUAAAUUUGUGAAUUCUAGUUAUACCACAACCAUGAUGGCAUUUAUAAGUCUUUGAACUCAGCAUUUGCGUGUUAGAAAAUCACCAUAGUCUGAUAAAGGAUUGGCUAUUGCAAUUGCACAGUCGCCGACAAAAUGGUGACUGGUGAGUUAGCCCUCCUGGUACAUUAUUUCAAGGACUAUAUUAAAGCAAAUAAUUUAAAAAUUGUUUACCAAAGAUAAAUUACUGAUAGUAUAUUAGAGCCCCGAAUCAGUAUUAUAUUAAACACAUGUAUAUUGUUUAUACAAUAAAAUACAUCAUAGACUCA